UCUGACUCCCGGCGAGAUCCCCGAGCCCCGGCGGCUGGUGCUGGGAGCCCGGAGCCCGGGCUGCAGCCGGGAGAGGGGAAUCUCCAGCAGGGCCCUUCCCGCUGCUCCCCAGGAGCCUCUCCCAGGGCAGAGCCCCCAGCCCGGCCAGGCCCCUUCCCGGCCCGGCCCCUGCCCCAGGGGGCCCCGCUCGGAGGGAAGGCUGAGGAAUCACGUCCACAUUUCACUCCAGAUCGUCCCGUCUUCCAGGAGACAGGGAACGGAAAUGGCUGUGAUGGAACCAGCUCUGCAGAUGCCGGUGACCUUCGAGGAGGUGGCUGUGUAUUUCACCCAGGGGCAGGGGGCUCUGCUGGACCCCUCUCAGAGAGCCCUCUACAGGGACGUCAUGCGGGAGAACUACGAAAUGGUGAUCUCGCUGGGGUUUCCCAUUCCCAAACCUGACCUGAUCGCCCGUCUGGAACGAGGGGAAGAGCCGUGGGUCCCUGAUCUCCAGGCUGCCAAGGAAAGGGAACGCCCAAGAGGCACCUGCACAGCAGGUAAUAAGACAGUGAGUGAGAACAAGGAGGAGAAUCAGCAGCAGGAAAGUCCUAGGAAAGAGGAACCACAGGAGACUUUUUUGAGAAGAGCUGAAGGGAAUUUUUCCCAGUGCUUGAAACAGGGAAAUGCCUGGGGAGAUCAACACAGGUCAGAGAUGCAACUGGGAAACUAUCCCAGGAAGAAACUGGAUGAAUCCAUUCAACGUGGUGGAAGAUGUAAGGAUCCCAAGGAAACCACAGUCCAGCAGACAAGUUACAAUGAAGAGAAACCCUAUAAAUGCCUCGAGUGUGGGAAAAGAUUCCGUUUCAGUGCAAACCUUCUUAAACAUUGGAGGACCCACACAGGAGAGAAGCUCUAUAAAUGCCUGGACUGUGGGAAAAGCUUCAGUGAGAAGUCAAACCUUAUUAUACAUCAGAGAUUGCACAAAGGAGAGAGACCCUAUAAAUACCUGGAGUUCGGGAGAAGUUUUAGUCAGAGGUCACUCCUUCUUACACAUCAGAGACUGCACACAGGAGAGAGACCCUAUAGAUGUCUUGAGUGUGGGAAAAGUUUCAGUUUGAAAUCAACCCUUAAUAGACAUCAGAAAACACACACAGGAGAGAAACCGCAUAAAUGCUUGGACUGUGGGAAAACUUUCAGUCAGCGCUCAAACCUUAUUAAACAUAGGGGAAUCCAUACAGCAGAAAGACCGUAUAAAUGCGUGGAUUGUGGGAAAACUUUCGGUCAAAGCUCGUACCUUAUUAAACAUAGGAGAAUCCACACAGGAGAAAGACCGUAUAAAUGCCUUGAGUGUGGGAAAAAUUUCAUUCGUCACUCAAACCUCACUAAACAUAGGAGAAUCCACACAGGCGACAAACCCUACGAAUGCAACGACUGUGGGAAAAGUUUCAUUGAGAGAACAAAACUUACUAGACAUCAGGCAGUCCACACAGGAGAGAAACCCCAUAAAUGCUUGGACUGUGGGAAAACUUUCAGUCAGAAGUCACAACUUCUUAUACACGGGAGACUGCACACAGGAGAGAGACCUUAUAAAUGCCUUGAGUGUGGGAAAAGUUUUAGUCAGAGCUCAAAUCUUAUUACACAUCAGCGAACCCACACAGGAGAGAGACCUAAUAUAUGCCUUGAGUGUGGGAAAAGUUUUAAGCACAGUUCAUCCCUAAUUAAUCAUAGGAGAAUCCACACAGGAGAGAGACCCUAUAAAUGCCUUGAGUGUGGGAAAAGUUUUAUGGAAAGUUCAUCUCUUACUAAACAUGGGAGAAUCCACACAGGAGAAAGACCCCAUAAAUGCCUCGAGUGUGGGAAAGGUUUUAUAGAAAGCUCAUCCCUUACUAAACAUGGGAGAAUCCACACAGGAGAAAGACCUUAUAAAUGCCUUGAGUGUGGGAAAAGUUUCAGUUUGAAAUCAACCCUUAAUUCACAUCAGAAAACCCACACAGAAGAGAAACCCCAUAAAUGCUUGGACUGUGGGAACACUUUUGCUAGGCACUCAUCCCUUAUUAAACAUGGAAGAAUCCACGUGGGAGAGAGACCUUAUAAAUGCCUUGAUGGUGGGAAAAGCUUCAGUAAGAGCUCCGAGCUCACCAAACAUCAGAAAAUCCACAAGGGUGAGAGAUCCUAGAAAUAGCUUGACUGCAGGAAAAGAUUCAAUUUAACUUCACACAUCAGUGACCCACACAAAAGAAUGUGGGGGAAGUUUCAUUUGGUGCUCCCGGAGUAUCCGGCACCUGCAAAUCCGCACAGAGAAGAAACAUCUGAGAGGUUCUCAGUGUGGAAAAUGCUUCAAGUGGAGCUAACACCAUGUUGGACAUCAGAGACUCCUCUGCACAGCAGGGAAAUUCUGUCAGUCCCCUGACUAGGGCUGGCCGUGGCGACCAACCCGUUUCCUCGUUCCCAUACACAUCAGGGGCGUUUCACUCCCAAGGGUCCAUCUACCCAUCGCUGGGGUGAGGAUCCAGCAGCCGAGUAGCAGCUGGUCAGUGACAGAUUCCCCAGACAGAGGAGGAGAAGCCCCCAUCAGACCCUCCUCCCUGCAGCAGUCCUGGCCGCUGACUUGAUGGGCCACAGGUCGGGGAAGGGAAAGAAAGAAAUUUCUCCAGAUGCUCCCUCUGCCUGGCUAAAGUCCCCCCCCCUCUCCCUUCCCCUCCCAGCCAGGAUCCCCCUGCCAUGGAGAUGAGGAGAAGGACACUUGGGCCAGGCCCCACCUUCACUUCAGACACCUGUCCCCAUCCCCCACCAACCCCUGGGCUGGGCUCCCCCACUUACCUGGAGCUGUUCCCUGCAGGGUGAGUGUACCCGGGGCAGGAAACUCCUCCCCUCCCCAAAUCCCCGAGGGCGCUGGGCUCCAGGGGAUCAAAUAUUGAGGGAACAGACCAAUAGGUUAGGGGGAGGAAACGGGAUUGAAUGGCUGGGGCUGGGGGAGCUGGGAAGCAGGGGGAGCUGGGUGCUGGGGCUAUCGAGUGUUUGGGGAUGAUAGGAUAAGAGGCGUGGGAGAGCACAGGGGUAGAGAGGUGCUGUCUCUCCUCACUCACCCCCUCUGCCCCUUCUCCCUGCCCCCUCUGCAUUCAGACAGCACCACUGAGAGGGGCUGAUUCCCACAGGGCCUUUUGUGGGAGGCCUGGAAAUCCCACCUCUGCCUCCACAGCAUCAGCCUCCGAGCGUCUGUCUAUGGCAGGAAUCAUGGUCAGGAUCAGCCAGCUCAUCUUUGUGACCCUGCACUGGAUUCCCUAGUGUAAACUCACCCUGAGCAUUUUAUGUGUAAGACUGAUAUUGUGUCAUGGAUAUUUUUACUAAAAGUCAUGGACAGGUGAUAGGCAAUAAGAAAUAUUCACGGAAGCCCGUGACCUGUCCAGGAAUUUUACUAAUAAUAUCCAUGACCAAAUGGGGAGGGAGAAGGCUCCAGCACCCAUUGCUGCUGGGGCUCUGGGAUCUCGCGAGGGCUCUGUCUGGGAGCUCUCAGGUCCCUGCACUGUUCACGGCUCAGAGCUCCUGGCCCGCCCGCUGCCUGUGGCAUCCGGGAGCGGUGGGGGGCCCCAGCCGCCCACGGUGACUCAAAGCCCUGGGGGCCACCCACGAUGGUUGGGAGCUGUGGGAUACCCACACAGCCUGCAGCAGCUCAGAGCUCCGGGGGGCAGCUCUCGGCUGCCAUGGGUGACAGGAGGACCCUGCAGCUCCAAGCCGUCAUGGGCUGAAGUCACAGAGAUCUCUGGAAGUCACAGACUCCGUGACUUCUGCGAAUCCAUAACAAGAUCGUACCUUUACUUACGUGUUCUGACCCCCUGCCAUUCGCAGGGUGAUCAUUAGUCCCUGAGUUCCUCCUUUGGGGCUGGAUUGUCUCAUUCCCAGAUAGUCUCACAUUACUCCAGGCCGUGCUGAAAAGCAUUUAGGUGUUUGUACAUUUUCUCCCUUAUGGACCAGAAUUAACUAGAUGCUAAAAAAGUGGGAGCAGGACAGUAAAAGGUGGUGUUUUAACUUCUGUGCUAAUUUAGGGCAGUGGGGUGAGUCUGAGGGAUUUCCUCCUUCCCCCAGCACCAUCACGCUCCACUCUCGAUAGAGCAGCCUCUGUCCAAGUGAUGGAGAGUUUUAUCCUGUCUCCAUCCUAUCCCUCCACCUUCCAAGGUGUCACUUACCACCGUGUCCCUGGUUCUCCAUGUUUAGGAAUCACAGUUUUGAUGUCUAUGAUCUUAAGUCAGACUCCUGAGUGCUGGAGAAGGAAGUAUCACACACCUGGGAGUGGGCGGGGAAACCCCAAUGAGCCUCAAAGCACAAUUUGACCUUUCAGAACGUAUAGCCCUGUUUCCAUCUAUUGGUAAAAUUGCUUCCCGACCUUUUUCUAGGCUAAUCCAGAUCAUUUGUAGAUGGGAAGGUUUUUUAUAUAUUUUUUUCUCAUUCUUUAAUUAUAUUGAUGCUAAAACUUUUGCAACUAAUACAACCAAAUAAUGAGGUGAGAAAUGAAGCCCUUUUAGCCACUUCAGAAGAAAAUAGGUACCAUUUUCCUCCCUGAUUUUGAGUCUUAAAGGAUUCUCUGAGAUUUCACUUUAUGAAUGUGGAAGUGUUUUAUAGGCCACCCUAGACUGUGGGUUUUUCUCUUCGUGAAGGUCGUUAGGUCACAUACUUUGAUAUUGGUUUAGUUUGACAGGAUGUAGCUCAGAUUUGUUGAGGAAUUCAUGAGACAAAUGGUCAUUUGCCAAAAUCGUCCUUUUUUAGCUGUUGUUCUAAUCUUUAUCUAACCCUUUGUCAUGAGAUUUUUGUGUGUGGUUUGAACAAUGACAGUGGUCAGUAUCUCUCAGCACAAACACUGAUGGUGCGAGCUAACGUCACACUGCGAGAGGCUGAGACUGAAACGGGAUAUGAAGUUACUGCCUGAUCCCUGCAGAGAUGUGAGAUACCAUCGGGAGCCGGAGAAGGUGGGGGGAACAGAGCU